ACCCAACGCCCUCCUGCCUCUAUCAACAACAACAGUGUCAGAAAACAAAUACAUCUAUCUGAAGCAGAAGACAUGUUGUAGUAUCAGUAUUAUUUUAGUGCUGCAGCUUUAGGUAUUAGAGUUCUCUUUUUCACUCAAGCCUACAUUAUUUGUUGAGAUGGAUGAAGACGAGCAGGAAGAUUUACUUGUGAAUGUUAGUGAUUCCGAGGAUUCUCCAGAAGAGAAUGAUGCCUAUUUGGACCUGAGCAGAAAGGUUAACCACAGUCCGCCAUUCCGGCAUGGCCUCGGUGGACGUUGUUGUUUCAAAAAACGAGUGGAAUUUUUGAGCACAGGCGUACUGUGCUUAUUUUCAGCAUCUGCCCUUCUCAUUCUGUUACCCUUAUACUUGGAAUCGUCAUCUCAAGUUGCUGACAUCUAUCCCUCUAUCAUAUUUUGCUGUGCGACCUCUUCUGUUCUUACCUUGUCUUUCAUAUGCCUCUGUGCCAAGUUCCAAAUAUUUUCACUUUCUGGUUUUCAAAAGAAUGUAUUACCCCCUGUACCCAUCUGGAAACUAGUGCAGAUAGGGUCAUUCCACAGUUUGGGUGGACUGUGUGUGCUUUAUGCAUUGGAUCGUCAAAGAGUUCUGUGCCACCUUCAAGAUCCUUUGAAAGGAGUUAUUCUUGUGUUUUCAAUGGUCUUUUACUUCUGUUUCUCAAGGAAAAUAAUGGGACUUCAAAAAGUAUUUUGUGCUACAACAAUUGUUAUUGGAUUAUUUGUCAGUGUUGAUUAUGCAUUGUGCGAUGAGUUUCACUGCAGAGGAUAUGAACGUGAAAAAGUUGAAGAUGAUGGUGGCCAAUGGAAUCGUGCCACACACUUCUUGUGGGGUCUUAUUUAUCUUGUGGGAUUGGCCUUAUGGUGUUUCCAUUUCUCUUUGCUAGAAGGUCAAAUUGUAUCUUUACGUUUGGAGUAUCAGCUUGUCUGCACAAGUCCAACUUCUCUUCUCGAAACAAUAUCGUGUAUGGUAUCUUCUCAAAGUGAUGCAACUCAGCAAGAAGUUCAGUGGGGAACAAGUGAGCCUCCACUUACAGCUGAUGAGCUCCCCACUAGUAUUAGCAGUACAAUAAAUUACCAGAACAGAGAAAACGAAGAUCAGUCAAAUGCUUUAGGUCUUGAUAAUCGAUUGAUAGUGCAGAGAGGAAAUCCCAGUGCAGGAACCAAACAUCUGUCAGCUUGUAGUCUUGCAUUUUGGGUGUAUGCUGUCAGUUUUGUUAUCACUCUUCUUUUAUUUUGGACAAGUUUGAUUCCCUCAGUUGGGAAGAUUUCAACCUGGAGUGAACUUCUAAAUACUACCCAUUUAGGUCUUCUCUGUCACUUUCAAACAAGUUCAGGGUUUAACCAAAGUACUACUGUGAUUACAAUGGCCUCUCAACAAAUAUCAUGUGGUCUACUUGCUCAGUAUGGAUGGCUGUUUGCCAUAUGUUUACUGUUGUUUUCAGCCUCUGCCUAUCACUUCCUCUUAUUGUGUCAAUCAUCAGUAUUUACUGUGGCAGUCAUCACUUCAGCCUUACCUAUAGCCAAUGUAUUCUGGUCUUUAUUUAGGCUUUCUCCUGCAAGUGGAGGUUACAUUGAGUGGUGGCCUAAUUUUACCCCCGAACUUGUUUGUACUCUUUUGGGCAUUCCAAUUAUUGGAACAGGAUUAGUUCUUCUCUGUAAAGCCCAUUGGACCAACACAACUCAAAAAGAAUUGUGCUGUACUCUACGAUAUCAUCCACGUCCAGCGCCUACGUGAUAAAAAUAGCCUUCUUUAAUUCUAAAUAGUCUCCACAUAGUAUAGUAAGUACAUGCAAAUGUUUUAAUUUUCUUCCUUUUAAACUCCUGUUAAGGAAAUGCAAAAUUUACUUCCAGUUUCCUGUUAGAGGUUAAGAAAUUAUUUGAGGUAUAUGAAGGCUGUGCCAAGGUUUUCAUUAUCAGUGUUUUUGAUUUUGAAAAAAAAAAAAAGAAAGAAUGAAAACAUAAAAAAAAAACAACAACUUUGUACUGUAAUUAUCUAAGAAUUUUUUAUGUUUUAAAUUUGUUGUUACAUUUAUCUAUCUACCAAUAUCUUUACAUAUAUCUAUAUAUAUAGAAAAUUUCUUGUUGAUAAUACUGUUACAUUAUAUUGCCAUUAAUCCUUGAGAUAUUACAUGUAGGAUUCAGCCAUAAGUUCCAUUGAUUAGUGAGGUUCUUUUGUUGUUGGUUUUUUCUCCAAGGAAAAAAUGCUGCUGUGCCUUACGAAUUCAGUAUUGCCAUGUAGCAAUUUCUUCCAAAACUUUCUUUAUUAAACAUAGGUGCCUAACUUGUUGGUGCUUUUGUUGAUCAACUCUACAUGUUCCACUCACUUACAUUUCAGGCCAAAAUCAUAAUUGGAUUUUUAAGCAUUUUGUUGCAAGUUUUUAUUGUUGUGCUACUACAUACUUUUAUAGGAAAUUUUUGACACUAACUUUUGUUAGGGAGAUGACAUUUAUUAAAGGAGAAAUUCUGCAGUAUCCAGAAGUAACUAGUCUAAAUCUAUCGCUCUUUAGAUUUUUUGUUUCUUGAAUUCAUCCAACAUUUUCUUAAAAAACUAAAUGUUAAAAUUGUUUUAUUUGUUUGAAAAAAGUUGAUUGUCUGUGGCGAGGCAUCACCUGUUAUUGAUCUUCAGGCUAUUUAUUUUUAUACCUAUUGACUUCCUGGUAUAAAAAGUUGGCGAAUAGGAGAUAAGAGAUAAAACAAUAUUGAAGAUCAUUUUUGUGUGUGGGCAAUCCUUGUUCAAUAUCAAGUACACCAAUGCAGGGAGUUUUUUGUGGUUUACUGGAUCUGUUUAGAAUUUUUUCCUUUGAAAAUUGCCAUUUUAAUGGUGCUAGUUAAUUGUCGACUGUGACGUGAUUACUUUUUGGAUGGUCCAUUCAACGUAAAAUAUAAAUUGUGUCUGACAGCCACUCACACACGGUGGGAGGAAGAAUAUAUUGUAGCUGUGAAAUCUUUAAAAACAAAUAGUGAGUGUGUUAAGAUAAAUUUAUAAUUGACUUUCAAUACACAAAUUCUGACAAUCAUUCAUAAACCACAUUCUUUGGUAAUAUCCUUCGACCUAAGAAAUUGACAUAUUCAAGUUUUGUCAAGUGACGCAAUGGUGUAAGAAAAAAUAUAAUUUCUUGGUGCUAUGCCCAGAGCCUGUUACUAAGCCCUGUAGUAGAAUUGCAAAAUUAACUUUGGUUCUUUCAAUGAAUGAAAAAAGUCUGAGAUUGAAAUAAUUUCAAUUUCCUCCUGCCGAAUUAUGUGUGAGGUAUCUAGCUUAUAACACUUGUGUGUAUGAAUAAAAUGAUACUGUUUAACAUUUAGUGAAAAAAGUAAUGAGUUUAGCUACUUAUAUAUUUUUUAAUCUGAGGAAGUCAUUUAAGGCAUAGUAGUUAUCACGAGUGAAAGUAACACUUUCAUACUUAAUAAUCUUUCCAGUAUGUAUUUUUGAUUAUGGUUAUAAAUUUUAUGUUGUAGUGAUUUUAUAAAUAUAAGACUGUAUAAUCUUCUAAAAUUGAAUGUAUUUGUUAGUUUUCAAUAUACUCUACUAUAUAUCAUAUUUUGUUCCCAAAAAUUUUGAGACUUUGACUAAUGUUUGCUGAAAACUUCCAAGGAAUUAAUGUAAGUGUGUUGUAAAAAUACACAGUUAAGUAAAAAGUAAGUUGAAGUCACACUCUGCCAAGGUGAGACAGUCUUUACUUUCCAUUUGACUGUGCUCUAACUCAAUGUUUGGGAAUGAAUUGUCUUACACCCAGAAAGACAAUGUGUAGAAAUGAAGUAAUUUUACUUGCACGACAUGUACCAGUUGGCUGUUCACGCCAUACAAUUUUUAUUGUUAUCUUGAACCGAAUGCAACCAUGCGGAAGGUUUGCUUAUUUCUAGAAGCCAGGAGUCAAGAUCAGCGACUGUUGGUAUGGUAGGAAAGCCUGCUUGCAGGCCUGUAUGCAGUAUUAUACCUAACUAAAUCAAUGUACUGUGGGUGAACCAACCACAGUAUUUGUUGGUGACAUGUAUCACAUUACUCCAUUCAAUAAUAUUUUAUAAAUGAGAUAUGUUUUUUAUGUGUGUAGUCAUGCUAACUUAAAUUUGAUGCAUUUCAUUCAGAGAGUAGCUGUCGUAGAUUCAUAAAGUAUAUUCCGCCAUAGGUAUUUAAAGAUAAUUGUGCCUCUAAAAUUUCUCAACUCACUGACUGAAAAGAAAAAUCAAUUCUGUUUCUGCUCCAGGAUAUGGAUAUGUUUUUAUGUAUGUGCUUGGGUUAUGACCUUCAGGUUUCUAAAACUAUGCCCUAUAGCAUGAUAGAAUUAUGGCUAGCCACCCAUUCAGUGGUGAGGAAAAGUGUUAACUUUUGUAUUAUGGAUCAGUUUACCUCUCUUGUGUUACACUACUAGUCCUGACGUGUCAUUGGAAAACAGUGAUUUCUUUUUCUCUGAUAAACUUGUUAAGAUUUUGUGUUUAUUCCCCUAGUCUCAAUUGUUACCAAUUUUUUUUUAUGCUACCAAAGUAUGGCUGAAUUUGUAUGAUAUGAUAGUGAUACACACUGGAAGAAUGCUCUAUCAUGGUGAUAUGCAGAAAGUUUUGUAUGAGGCACAAAAAUCACACACACACAACUCAUUUUUUUCCCUGAAAUCAAAUAGUUCAUUUACUACUCCCACCCUCUUGGUCCAUUACCAUCCCAGAAAACAUGGUUUUGUCAAAGUGAUAUCAAGUGAUGUCAGUGUCUUUACAUCAUUUUGUCAUUUUGUCAUUUUGGUGGUCUGCUAUAACGUCAAUUUGACAUCAUGUAACGUCAUGUGAUAUCAAAAUGACGUCAAAUCAAGCCACCGAAAUGACAAAAUUUUGAAACUAACAUCACGUGAUGUCAAUUUGACAAACCUGUGUUUUCUGGGUAUAACUCACUGCGUAGUGUGAUGCUAGCAUGUCAAUGGAUGUGCCAAAUUAUGGCCUUUUAUUUUCUUUAGAUUCUAUUAUUUUCAGCGUAGCUGUACUCUUGUUGCCAUUAGAAGCACGGUUUAGACUGGCUACGAUUGUCAUUUAUUGGAUACGUUCUAGUGGGUUUUCGAGGCCUCUGAUUGGCUGAUCUUCAACUAGAACGUAUCCAAUAAAAGACAAUCGUAGCCAGUAUAAACCGUGCAUUACUCUUUUCUUGUUAUUGUUUUGGUAUCAUAAGAUAAUUCUCUUAAAAAUUUAAGCUGAUCUGAAAACUUAAAUUUGAAUGUUUCUUUUCCAAAUCAAUUCAAGGGGAGAUUACUUCAUUAUAUAUCAAGGGGAGAUUACUUCAUUAUAUACUAUCUAAUCUUUUAAUCCCACACUUUUGUGCAUUUUCAGUUUAGUGUACUUUACCACUUUGCCUCCUGAAACAGUAUUUGAAUUUUGAAAUUGCCAACAGUAUUUAAGCCUACAAUUGCCAAGUAAGAUGUAUUUUACCAUUUUAUUUCACAGGCUGCUUGUUUUGUAGUUAUACCUAUUACGAUUACUUGAUAAUGGUACUCGACGAGCCAAAGUCUUGAUAAUACCUAGAUAAGUUUGGGUGAAAAGGCAGCUAAUGGUAUUUAUAAUAAACAGAAUUAACCUUUCAUGUCAACAACAUUUUCCACUUUUCCACACCAUAAUAGGAGAAUGUUUACCAAUUAAUUUUCAUUAUUGGAUAAAUUUAUGAAAUGACUGUACGAAAACAAUUAUUCCCUUUUUGCAAAACAAAUCUGCUCACCCUAGCCAGAGAGAAUAGUUAUUUUUGUUGUUUUGAAGACUGCUCAAAUGAAGAACGUUGAAGUUUCUUAGUGAUAUGAAAAGCUUUUCGUUGUUCUGCUAUUCAAUAAGGUGAGGAAAGCAUAACUGUUUUGGUUAGUUGUGAAGUGGCCGAUAAUGAUCAUUUCAUUAUCAUAAUCUCAAGGUUAUGCAUUCUCUCAACAUAGCCCAUGUAAAGAAAAAUUGUCUGCAAUCUAGCCUAAUAUCUGAAAAAUGAGGUAAGCCUAGUUAUUAAUUAUCAUAGUAGAAACAACUUGCAGAUGCUUCAAAUAUCUCUAAAAUUCACUGGAAUGGGUGCCCUUACAGUCUGCAAAUAAAAUUAAAGUUGUUGUAAAACUUAAGCAAGGAAACGUCCUUACAUCAAAGGAGUGAGAUAAUUUAGGCAGAGUGAGCCAUUAAAUUACCAGAGUUUUGAUUCCUUUGCAUUUCAAUUUUAAUCUAAUGUAAAAGUUUAGUUUCUAACAAUCAGACUGAAGGAGAAAAUAAUUUUACAUUCAACAAUGUAUAGACCCAAAGUAUGCAGUUAAAGAAUGGUGAAUUGUUUCAUUGCCGUCCACUAAAAGAACCUCCUAAAUUUUCCUCGAGUGAUUGAUUAUUAGUCAGUUCACUUAUCUCUUUUCAAUUUGGUAUAUCAUAUUAUAUCAACUUUUAUUUACCAAUCCUGUCAAGUUGUAGCUUUUGGAAAGUUGUCCAAAUGUGACCCACCCAAGUAACUAAGAUUUGUCACCAAAUGUCAAAAUGACUUUUUGAAAUGAAAAAUUGGCGCUUUGGGGUCCAAAAACACAACAGUGUGAUAAGAUACAAAUUUUCGUCAUUCUAACGAUUUGUGACGAAUCUGUUACUAAGGUGGAGGCAUCUCAAUUCUAAAUUAUUGACUAUUUUUGUUUAUAAAAUGUUAAAGGUCCAUUACCUCUCUAAAUUUAUUCUGGUAUGUUAAGAUUUAAUUCUUUCCUUUCAAUCCGAGACACUUACUGUCAAUUACUCUAGGUGAGCUCCAGUAAAGAUGUUGUAUUACUGUAUAGUGCUGACAAUCUACUUAUUGCCAAUUUUGUAGUUCAAAGAGACAUAGAAAUAAAGUGUAUUUCUGAUUUAUAA